CAGUGCGAAAUAAGUUGAACAUACUUGCGUACGUACAACGUACUUCAAUCAAACGCGGCGAUUUACAGGAAAGGAAAAAGUGCAUGGCAAUGAUUAUUGUCGUGCACCCCUUUUUCCGUCCACCGUUGCAUGAAGGGCCUCCCCGCGCCGUCACCAACGCUGCUUGUUUGACCUUGUGGAUUGGUGAAGGGCGGAGGGAGCUCAGGUCGGUUCGGAUCUCGCCCGUCGUGGAGUUUAGCCGUCACCGGAAAUCGAACACGAAUGGAAACUGGCCGCGCGAAUGGCAAACUUUCUGGAGGUUGAAGGGUAAAGGAAUUUUAAAAAAAACUAAAAUAACAUUUCGAAGUCUCUCUUGGUAAACAAGUGCAGCUACGCUACUGGCACCUAAUAUAUUCUUCUUUAACUGAUAUGAGCUUUGGCAGUGUGUGUGUUUGUAAGAGAUGUGUUCAUCAUGUAAAUUACAGGCUGCCAAAAUGGGAGCUCCUGGCCAUGACCCAGUUCUCCUCACCUGAUAGGACCCUUUCUAGGAUUGUCAUCUGCAGCAGAGCCACGCUCCUAUACAGUAUUUAUUGUUAGUGUGCGUGCGUGUUUGUCCUCGUCUGUCUUGCGAAGUGGUGAGCACACUGCGCUAUGACCCCGACAACCUGUAUUUGAUUUCCCACCACGGGUAACAUUUGUGUCAAAUAUCUAAACCGAUCCUGGGCUUAUCCUGGGUGGUGCAGUGCACAAACAUCAGCCCUGGGUUUGAUACAAAAGGUUGGGUGUGGUGCUAACCGCACCAUUGUCCGCUAGCAGCACCUAAGGCCCACGUAGGCUACUGCGGGGGGGGGACCGUUGUCUCUGUGCCGGAGUGUCCUUGAAUGCCGCACCGUGUGCCACUUACGACAGCAGCGGCGGCGGCUCAAGGGUGGCGGAGACGCGGUGCCGUGCGUUUUUGGCGAGCGGCCGUGGCUAAGCGGAUUUCGCAGGAGUCGGCCGCGUAAUCUUCGGGGCCGCCGUCGCUGUCUGCAGCCCGGUGGGUCGCGCCGCCUCGGCACUUUUAUCCCCGGCGCAACGACACGCCGAGCGGGGCGAGAGAGCCCACGCGAGCAGCUUGGACCGUGCAGAGGUGGACGUGCGUGUCGGCGCACGGUGCACAUGCCUGCUCAACUCCGAUGCGCGGGGGAUUCAUCAUUACGUAAUGUACACGCACAGCCAUCGUCUUGCCAAGCCACCGCUGGGUGUGAGGGCCUCCACACUCCACCUCCGUGCGAGUCGUGGGGUUGGGUUGACCCCGAUUGGCCACGCUGGCCGGUGCGGGUUGAUAAACACUUGUGUGCUCCGUGUAGCCCCGCAGCCUGUAGCGCCUGUCACGAGCUGUGGUCGCCCAUCCAGGCCCUAUCCAAGCUCACCCCUGCUUAGAUAACGCACUUCGUGCAGCUCGUUACAAUUGGGAGUGAACAGCGUCUAACCUUUUGCCGUGACUUCUCCUGCCCACCCACCUACAGCUCGAAACGAAGUCCUUUUCCGUGGCCCUUCAGGCUCUCGUGCGGGCCAGCCGGAGUCCCCGACGGCCAUCGGCCCACCUCCCGCCAUGGCCCCACAUGCCCUUGAGGAACACUCCCACGGUGCACCCAGAAGCGCCGAGUCGGCUUGGUUUUACGAGACCGCAAGAGGCCAGAGAUAGUCUCGCUCGCAAGAGCGAUGGGCGGCGCAUCUGAAAAUUAAAAAAUAAAGCCACACCUGAUCGGCGUACACAGCCGGAGGAGGAGGCAGAGCGACGUUCCCACCACCGCCACCACCACUCCCAUCACCACCACCACCACCACCGUCACCACCACCACCGCUACCAUGUGCGACUUGGGCGCCCUCGACAACCUGAUCGCCAACACGGCCUACCUGGAGGCGCGCAAGAGUGGCGACGGCGCCGGCGGCAGCGGGAAGAAGCGACGGUGCAGCAUGGUGCUGCCGGGGCCGCGGGGAGCCCAGUGCGUCGAUAUGAGGGCCAAGGUGGCCGGCACGCAGACCUACGCGGGGCUGUGCGAGGAGCAGCCCGUCGGGCGCCGGUUGUUCCGCCAGUUCGCCGGCGGGGUGCCGGAGUACGCCCACGCCGUGGAAUUCCUGGACGAGGCGGAGCAGGUCCAGCUGUCGGAGGACGGCGCUCGCGAGGGCUUCGCGGCCGCAACGGUGGCGGCGUUCCUGCGCGCCGACUCCGAGCGCUCCCUGACGUUCCUGAGCGCCGAGCUGGCGGCCGCGGCGGCUUCCGCCGGUGGCCAGGAGGCCGAGGAGCUGGUGCGUCGCGCCCGCGGGGAGGCGCGCCUCUUCUUGGUGGGGCAGCCCUUCCAGGAGUUCCUGGCAAGCCCCUUCUUCGACAGGCUGCUGCAGUGGAAGGUGCUGGAGAGGCAGCCAGUGAACGAGCGCUCCUUCUACGAGUUCCGCACGCUCGGCAAGGGCGGCUUCGGGGAGGUGUGCGCCAUCCAGGGCAAGCUGUCGGGCAAGAUGUACGCGUGCAAGAAGCUGGACAAGAAGCGGCUGAAGAAGAAACACGGCGAGCAGAUGGCGCUGCUGGAGAAGGAGAUCCUGGAGAGCGUCAACAGCCCCUUCGUGGUGCGGCUCGCCUACGCCUACCAAACCAAGACGCAUCUCUGCCUGGUGAUGAGCCUAAUGAACGGCGGAGACCUCAAGUACCACAUCUACGAGAUGGGCGAGCGGGGGCUGUCUCCGGCGCGCACGCUCUUCUACGCGGCACAGAUCACGUGCGGCCUGCAGCACCUGCACGCGGCGCGCAUCGUCUACCGCGACAUGAAGCCCGAGAACGUGCUGCUGGACGAGCGCGGGCACUGCCGCCUGUCCGACCUGGGCCUCGCCGUGGUCCUAGCAGACGGCCAGGAGACCAUCCGCCAGAGGGCCGGCACCAACGGCUACAUGUCGCCCGAGGUGGUGCUGGAGGAGCCGUACGCGUUCGACGCCGACUGGUUCGCCACGGGCUGCACCGUCUACGAGAUGAUCUGCGGGCGGGCGCCGUUCAAGGACUACCGCGAGAAGGUGUCCAAGGAGGAGGUGCGCCGCCGCACCCUGGAGGACGCGGUCGUGUUCAGCCACCCGGCCUUCACGGACCAGUCGCGUGACCUGUGCACCCUCAUGCUGGCCAAGAAGGCGCAGGAGCGGCUGGGCUGCAGAGGCCCCGAUGACGAUCCCCGGCGUCACGACUUCUUCCGCACCGUCAACUUCCAGCGGCUGGAGGCUGGGCUCGGUGACCCGCCCUUCGUGCCAGACCCUGGCAUCGUCUACGCCAAGGACGUGGGCGACAUCCAGGACUUCUCGGAGACCAAGGGCGUGGAGCUAGAUCACAAAGACCGCGGCUUCUACGCGCGCUUUGCCACGGGCCCCGUGCCCCUCGCGUGGCAGGAGGAGAUGAUCGAGAUGGGCCUCUUCGAGGAGGUCAACAAUGACGGCGACACCGAGGGCGGUCGCGGUGAUGGAGUGAACGGCGACGUGGGGAGAAAGUCCGGAGUCUGCCACCUGCUGUAAUAAAUAAUCACAAGUGCUUUCAUUAUUCGCGGCAUUAUCUAUUUUUUUUCUUUCGCAAUUUUAUCCCGAUCGCGCUAUCGGCAUUGCGUCGCGGGACGAGGUAUCCCAUUCGGAACUCGAGCAGAGCAAUACGGUCCUCCGUGUGAGGGAAAGGCCCACGGAAGCAGAUGUUACAGAGCUACCUCUGGGAUCUCUCCCAAGUGACCUGCCGUCGUCACAGCAGGGGGUAGCACUUUUUCCCAAACGCUUUGCAUAUGGGAGUAAUGUUCACCGCAUGACAAACCGAUAUUUUAAUUCUCAGAGCUGGUAUUCAAACUAAUUAAGUGUGAAACCAAAUUUAAUGUGUUGUUGUGUAGGUCAUUGGUGACUGUCUUGAUACCACGAACUCACUGCACUUGAGAACCCGGUUAACUCGCCCGCGGAUGCCUUGAUUAGAACCAAGGAUCUCAAAUAAACGCUCGCCAUGGCUGUGGCUGCUGGUCAUUUGCCUAUGAGCGACCCGCAACAUGGGACAUUCCACGCUGCACGGAAAUGGAUUGCAAGAGGCCAUUGGGGCUCCUGCCUUGGGAUUGAAGCGAACGAGAUUUGUCAAGGGGUUCCGAGCGGUCGAGAUAAAACGGAGGGGGGCAUGCGCACGUUCCUAGUGGUAAUGCUGCUGCAGUCUGCGAUAUCUCUGCCAUCAUGUCGCGGGCGCCGCUUAAUCGCUGGCCUCGCCCGUAGGUGGAACGACGGAUGGGGCGACAUCAUGCGCCUUGUGCAGUGGUCGUGUCGCCGAGUGUCCUUCCCUUUAGAUAAGGAGUGGAGAACAUAUGGCACGUGGGCUAGUUGGAUAUGGCCCGUGGGUUAGUUACGGGCCCGUGAGAUAGUUAAUGCACGUGGGGUAGAUACGGCACAUGGAAUAGAUACGGCCCACGACUUCAUGACUUCGGUCCUGUGCCCACAUGAGGCCCGACGCUUCAAACCAGCACAGCAAACGAUAUUUAUCUGUCACGGCGAGCAUUUUAGCCGCUCUAAUCGGGUCCUAGAGGGGAAUAUAUUCGUAAAACUGUAUAUCAUUUCCGUCUGCCCGGUCACCUCUCACACCGCAGUAAAGGUGAGCCCUGGUUGUUUUGUUGCAUCAUUGUAUGACACGAAGGUGUGUGUGUGUCUGUGCUAGACUGUGUGGCCUGCCACAGGGCGCUAGAGUGUCCUGUUUGGGCCCUCGGUAAAGGAAAAUGUUCCCCAUCCCUGGUGCAGGAAAAUGUCUUGUUUUAAACUCUUGUGUUAUAUUGUAAACUUGUUUCUUUGUUGAUCAUGCCUUCAUGUAUCGUGUUUAGGUUAAUUUAAAAUAAACACAAUGUUAAACAACUUAUAUGAUUUUUUUGAUGGCCAAUUUCAAAAUCUGAAGUCACUGAGCCGUGGCGAUUGCUUGUGCUGCGAUCGAAACGUCGUGAUCGAUUAUUUUUUAUUUACGUGACCGAAAGACCCAAGAGUACAGUGGCUAGGACUCGAGGGGCCAGGCUUAUAAUGAUUCACUCCACCAGAAAUUCAAUGAAGUGUCACCAUGUUGGGUAUGGACUGGAUUGAUCGACUUAAUUAUCAACAAACUUGUCCCAUCUCAUCGUCAUUUUAAACUUUUUCUGUCUCUUUUGUACGGUUUUUACUCCGUGAGCUGAAAUGAAAAAUGAUAAUUUUAAUCUGAACCGGAUCCCCAAUAAUCAUGGAACGUUGGCCCAACGUUCCACGCUUACUGGCUCCAUGCAGGUGUCGGCUGCUGUUAAC